AUGAGGAUUGCUCAACCCACACUGGUGGUUAUUCUGGUUGUCAUCACUCUGGGCUUCUGUGCUGAAGCUAAAACUACACCAAAGCCCAAAUACCAGUACACCAAAAAGCCAGCUCCUCAGGUGACUAUGCACAAGCCCGCCACAACCAGCAAGCCCAAGACCCUGAAAAUAGUGGUGACUCCAAGUCCUACACCUGCCCAACCGCCGCCUAUUAUGGAGGGGACCACGUUUCCCAAUCAUGGCUACCCUCCGGACUACAACGGCCACACUGACACUCCGGGCAACUACACGCUGGACUACAAUGAGUGUUACUUUAACUUCUGUGAAUGUUGUCCUCCAGAACCAGGUCCCAGAGGACAAAAAGGAGAUGGAGGCUUGACAGGUCCGCCUGGUGAAAAGGGACUAUCAGGAUCUCCUGGUUUACCAGGAUCACCUGGGCAAAGUGGUCCCAUUGGACUUAGAGGAGACAAAGGGGAUAAAGGUGACAGAGGAAACAAUGGUCAAAACGGGUUGCCUGGAAUUCUUGGGAAACCAGGACAAAAGGGUGAUGUUGGCUCAAAAGGUGAAAAGGGUGACAUUGGAUUACAGGGGGUCAACGGUGAAGUUGGUGCGAAAGGCGAAGCAGGUGUGAAUGGUACAGCAGGAGAGAGAGGAGAGCCAGGCAAAGAUGGUCCUCCAGGACCCAUCGGGCCUGGUCCUAAAGGAGAUAAAGGAGACACAGGGGAAUGUGGCACAUUUGGAGAAAGAGGCACUAAAGUUGGAGGUAGAGGGGAUCCUGGAAUUCCUGGCCCAAAGGGUGAACCAGGGUUAAGAGGUCCCCAAGGACCACAAGGAAUGAGGUUUCCUGGGCCCAAGGGUGACAGAGGAUACCCCGGCAUGAGAGGAGAACGCGGCAUGAGAGGUUUUAAAGGAGCAAAAGGCACAAGUAUUGUCCUGAGGCGCUCGGCCUUCAGCGUGGGCAUCUCUCCCAGAAAGUCCUUUCCUCCAUCUGGAUUCCCCGUUCGCUUUGACAAAAUCUUUUACAAUGAGGAAAAUCACUUCAACACAACUACAAACAGCUUCACGUGUGUCCAUGCUGGGGUUUAUGUGUUCUCCUUCCACAUCACUGUGCGUAAUCAGCCCCUAAGGGCCACUCUGGUGGUGAACGGCUCUCGGAAAGUGCGGAUCCGGGACUCGCUGUAUGGACAGGACAUUGACCAGGCCUCCACUCUGGUGGUGCUGCAGCUGAAUCAGGGGGACCAGGUUUGGGUGGAGACGCUCAGGGAUUGGAAUGGGGUCUAUGCCAGCACUGAGGAUGACAGCAUCUUCUCUGGAUUCCUGCUUUAUCCCAACAGUGUCUGA